AUGUUGCGUGGUUUUCGAUCAAAUCGAGUGGCGAGUCAACUCAAGCAACUUCAGCAAGCCAUCAAUGGUUCUUCAAGGUCGCAGCUAAUUCGCGAUUCCAGCAACUCCGGUGUUUUUUCAACGGGACCCAGACUGGAGCCAGAGCUUUACGUUGCCGCUAACGCUUUACAAAGACGAGACAACAUCCAUGUACUUGAUCUACUCAACACAGCCUUCAGAAGACCACCAGGCGAAUACCAGCAGUUUCUGGACAUCGGUUGCGCCAUCGGUGACUUCACGCGCGAAGUCUUGAUGCCUCGAUGCUUCCCCUGUCGAAGACUGGUUGGCACGGAUGCUUCAGCAACCAUGAUCGACUACGCCAGACGCCAUUUCGACCAUUCACACAUCACUUACGAGACACUGAACAUAGCGCACGAUGUGUCGCGGUUCUUGCAGACUCACGGAACGUUCGACCGUGUUUACUCGUUCUACUGUCUUCAUUGGAUCAAGGACCAACGAACGGCGUUCGCGAAUAUUGCCCGCCUGCUGGCUCCAGAUGGCGAAUGUCUGCUGCAGUUCUGUGCCCGGACCCCGGUUUACGCACUGUGGCGUGAGUUCGCACGCAUGGAUCGCUGGCGGUCGCAUAUCACGAAUAUAGAAGACUACAUCCCUCCAAGUCAGGACGAGGAAGAUCUGCGCUUUUACUUAGAGAAACUAAUUUACGACGCGAAUUUGAAACAGCACACUUGUGAGGUGCGUCGCAACGUGUGGACCUUUCCAUCAGAAGAGCAUCUGACAAGUUCCCUGUCGUCUGUGUUACCCGUCGCGGGCGACGCUGCCGCCGAGGAGAAGCAGGAGCUGUACAGCGCCAUGUCUGCCGAGAUGCUCAGGCGCUGCGAGAGAGGGCCGGAAGGAUUCAGCGCGGAGUUCGACGUCUACGUCGUGCACGCUUCCAAACCCUCUUCCACGCCGUAGUUCCGGCAACAUUACCCAUGAAAAUGAUUCAAUAUGGCUAAAAUUAAUAAACUGGGCGGCGGUGCUGUUAACUUUUUUUGGGCGAAGUCGCCAGGACGCGGCCUAAAAGUCGCCAGUUUUAGCGAAA